AUGCUAGAAGUUUUUAAAUCGAAGCACGAGAAGCAGAGCUCGGAGAGUAUCUCAUCACAGACGUUCCUCACGAGAAAGAAACAUUUUCGGGAUACGGCAGAAUGGAAGGCCAAAAAACGGAGAAUCAUCACGAAACUUCGGAUAAUGGGGAAGAUCAACCUCGCGCUCGUAUUGUCGCGAUUACCGACGAUCGACAAGCUGCCCGACAAAGUGCUCACCCAUAUCUUCUCCUACCUCCCCGCGCAUCAGAUGCUACGAAAUCGGCAAGUGUGCAAACGUUGGAAACGCGUUGCCGACUCGCCGUCCCUCUGGAAAUUCGUGUCGUUUCGGCCGAGUUACGGCGGGCUGAUGGUGCAAAAUCUCGACUAUUUCACAGGGUUGAUCGGGGCCCGUUUCAACGAAUUGAAGAUCACCGAAUUGGCCACGGAUCUGAUUACGCCUUUCGUGCUUCAUGAAAUGGCCAACAAGUGUCCGAAGUUGCAGUAUUUGACACUGGAUUUCUCCACCGCGAUGCAACUGCACGACUUCACCGAUCUCCAAAACUUCCCCUCCCGCCUCAAGGGACUCACCAUUUGCCUUUCCGAAAACAUUUUCCUCGAGGGUUUCCUCCGAAAAGUCUACACUUUCAUCUCAUCCGUCGAGAUCCUUCAUAUCGUUGGCACCUACGAAAAAGUGGAAGACGAGGAAGAAGAAGUGUACGAGACGGUGAACGUGCACAAAUUGAAGCAAUAUUUGCCAAAUCUUCGAGUUGUCAAUUUGUGGGGGGUCCCUUUCAUCACGGAUGAGCAUGUGGAUGCGCUAUCUUCAAAUUGUGCUCUCCUGGAGUGCCUUUGCAUUAAUUAUUGUGAAAAGGUAUCCGGGCAUUGCCUGAAGCUUCUCCUGCAGCGAUGCCGGAAGCUGAGGACCCUGUUUUUGGCGCAUGCAAGGCUCGACAACGCCACCCUCCAGGCUGUCGAUUGGCAGAAUACUCGCAUCGAGGAGCUCGAUAUUAAAGGCACCGAGGUCAGCUCGGAGACGCUGAUCUCCAUCCUGACCCGAUUGCCCAAUCUGCGCUGGCUCGACGCCAGUUGGCUCGAGAAUUUCAACGAUGCGGUGCUAGACGCGUGGAUGAAUUCUGGUGCUUGUAAUAAUAUUCAAUACCUUAACCUUGAUACGUGUGAUUCGUUAAAUGAGCCGAUGCUUUCCGAAUUCAUUAUGCGCCAUGGGCAACAGCUGCGCGGGUUGAACCUUGGCGGUCACCAUAAAUUGCUCGAGUAUUUUUGGAUUAAUAUGAUACCGCAGAUGAAGGAGAUCAACGUGCUUGUAAUGGGUAUCGCCGAGGACUGCUGCCCGAAAGUCACCGCAAAAAUCCACGUUGACCAGUUUAUAGAUUGUAUCGCCGGGAAUUGCCCGAAAUUGACGCGACUCGAGGUGCGAUGGGACGACGAUACGCUCCGCUUUUCCGACAAAUCCAGUAAAUUCAUCGACGUGAUGCGGUUGAAAUGUUUGAAGUUGCACUCGAUGGUGCUCUCCGACGGUCAAUAUUAUGAAUUGGUGCGCUCGAAUUUUGAGCGAGCUGAUCGGAUGUCGGUCGUCAGAACAACCGAAAUGUGCCGGACGGGUCUGUUGCACUGCUCUCGCUACUAUAAUCCACUUCUCUUCAAU